UCUCCAUCUCUCAAUAUCUUUCUUGCAUCGUCAUUAAUAUAAACAUAUAAAAUAAAACCUAAGCAUGCCAUUUUCAAACCCCCAAGAAUGUGCGAUUUGUAAGAGAGUCUUCUUAUCACCACACCACCUGAUCUCACACUUCAACGAUGUUCACUCCAAUCGCCACAAUUCCACCUUCUCUUCCUCCGCCACCGCUACACCCACCUCCUUCCGCCACUACCCGAACGUAAACCGGAACCCUAAUCCUGAUUUUCAGGCGAGGAAUCAUUUUGACGUGAAUUAUUACCGUAGGGGUUACUUAGACGAUCACGGGAGGUUUCAUAAUGGAUGUUCUCCGACGCCGGUGAUAACUCCGACCAGAAAAUAUAAGUUUUUGCUGCCAAAGAUGCCAACGACGCCGCAGAUGCCGAAGCUGAUGGAUCUUUUUCCGGCGGCGUCAUCCGAAAAUGUCUUUACGCUGCCGCUUAUUUGCCAGCUGGAGCAAAGGAGAGCGGAGGAUAGUGCUGUGACGGAGAACGAAGGAGCCAAUUCGAACGAAGAUAAAGACAAGGACAUGCAGAUCGGGUUUCCUACCGAUGUAAAGCAUGUCGCCCACAUCGGAUCCGACGGUCCCGCCGCCAAUAUGCCAAGCUGGAUGGGUGACUUCAGACCUCAAGACAAUGAGAAUGGUCAAGUAGUUUCUCGAGGAGAUGCCAACAAUCAAAUAGGAGAAGGAGUUGGAUUACAAGAGUUGUUGCCUCCUACCGAGAAACCGAAGCACAAGAAGACGAGGCGUAAAUCCGAGACGGUCUCACAAAACGGUUCUCCGCCUCGGCGAAACAGCAGUGCGUCAGCAUCAGAUAUGCAACCAAAACACCCGAGACGUCAUCACAGGAGUAGGCACGGGUCGAUAGAUUCAUCGAAUGAUCCAUCAGUUAGGAGGAGGCGUGUUGUCUCGGUUACCACCGAUAUGGAAGGUUCUUACCCUCUUUCAGACAGUUCAACUCAUACUAGAAAGUCUACAUCACGUCAUAGGAAGCCAAAAGGAUCAGGAGGAGGAGAGCUAUCAAUGAAGAAGACGAAAGGGAAAACUGAGAAUCCUAUUGUUCAAUCAGUCGAUAUAUGUAAUGAUAAUAAUAUCAGUGACAAAGAGUAAAACACAUCAUGGUUUUGGUCACCUGUCUAGCGUGUGAAUUGUCUCGGUCUUUCUUGACUGUUCCAUAGAGAAAAACAUACAUGUUUCACAAAGAAAAUGGUUAACCACCUGAGAAGUGAUAAAAUCACAGGAGAUAACCUGCUUUAUGAUCUCUCUCUAUCAAGGAGGCACCGAAACAACAAGCUGAUGAUAGAGCUACUAUAAAUGGAUUUGAAACAU